AUGUCCGAGACCGAACCUCCUGCGACUCCCAAGUCCCCUGUUUCGCCUGAGACCCUUUCCUCCGUUACAGCACUCGCUCGCUUCGAGUUCGAACCCGGUCGGGGCAAUGAAGGAACGAAAGUCAUGAUGGUGGAGUGGCAGGAUGACGAUCAGACACGGCCCAAGUCCGGAAACUGGCAUGUCUCUUGGUCCGGCAAACGCACGGUCUUCUCAGCAGACGACCACCCUUCCGACAACAUUCGCCGGGUAUACUUCCUGCUGCCUCCCGGUGCUUUCAUCCCUCCACAUGUCACCCUGGCCUGCUACCCUCCCACCGAAACUCCGGGGACAGAACCUACGCCGCUGCGCAUGAGUGUCAAUCCACUUCCCGCCAUCUUUACGCCCGAGCUCGGAGCAACAGCAAAGGCCAGUGGGAAGAAGGGGGUUCUCCAUACGAUAUGGGCCAAGAAGAGACUGCAGGUCUUGGAAAAGGAGAUUCGGCAUGAACAGAAAUAUAGCCCAGAAGGCGUGGCCCUGGAGAUGGCACUUUCAGAACGCCAGUGGAUUGAGAGCAACUUCGGCGUCAUGUCUCGGCCAACGACGCUCGAUCUGACUGACAUCUCCAAGUCUCCCCCGGGGACGGGGCCAACCAGUCCGGGCAUACAAAGUCCCAAGUCCCCUUCCGGCAGAAGACUCAGUGAGAAGUUGAAGGGCCUCAGCAUCGCUACCAGCGAGAGAGACCUGGCCGGCCGUGGACUGAACACGCCAACGCGGGAGGUGCAUCCCCUAUCCCCCGAGGCGUCUGACAUGGCAUACUCGUCUUUCGGCGCUUUCCGCAACGGUCCUGUAUCUGAGCCCGUGAAGAAGAUGGUAGCCCAAGAUCCGCCCGAACAUAUCAAGAGACAGCAUGAAGCUCCUUCCUCACAGUCCAUCGAUUCGCUCGCUCAGAAGCCCAAGGAGCCACCAGACGAUGACCUUUUCGCGGUUGCACUGAGCCCCAGAUCCCCAGAUGGUCCCAAAAGUCCAUUUUCCAUUUCAAGCGCACAAGUCGGUGCUUUCUCGAAGAUCAAGGGUCAAAGAUGA